AUGGCCAGGAGGCCGCGGAGGUUCUGGUUGCUGGGAGGGAGCGGCGCUGGAGCUUGGUCGGCGGGGCAGGGCGUGCCGCCGCCGGAGGCGGCAGGGGAGCGAGCUGUGGGGGUUUCGAAUGAGGCGUACACUGUUUCAUUUCGGAUGUUAACUUAUGGAGUAGCAGCUGAUGCUACAGAUGAUUAUAUCCGUAUUGGUGAGAGUACUGCUAUUGAGAGUCUGAGAAGGGUUGUCAGUGCUGUUGUUGAGAUUUUUGGAGAUGAGUACUUGAGAUCACCUAAUGAAGAUGAUACUGCUAGAUUACUUGCCAUUGGAGAGAGUAGAGGUUUUCCUGAUAAAGAUCUUUGGAUUUGGCAUGCUUUCUUUGGGAUGCCUAGUUCCCACAACGACAUCAACGUUUUGCACCGGUCUUCUUUAUUCGCACGGCUAGCUGAAGGUCAAGCUCCAAAGGUGAAUUAUACCAUUAAUAAUAAUGAAUAUACAAUGGGUUAUUAUCUUGCUGAUGGCAUAUACCCCUCGUGGGCUACAAUUGUGAAGAGUAUACCUGAACCACAAGGUAACAAGAAGAAAUAUUUUGCAACUGCCCAAGAAGCUUGUAGGAAGGACGUGGAACGAGCAUUUGGAGUUUUACAGUCUCGUUUCGCUAUCGUUAGGGGGGCAGCUCGAUUUUGGGAUCAAGACACCAUCGGACAAAUCAUGAGGGCUUGUGUCAUUAUGCACAACAUGAUAGUUGAGGAUGAGCGCGAUGAGGGAGAUGAUUUAAAUUAUGAUGGGGUGGGAGAAAAGGUGAAUAUUUCUCACGAUGAAACACCUGAACUUGAGGAGUUUAUUAAAAAUUACAGGAACAUAAGGGACAAAGAUAUUCACAAUCAGCUUCAAGAUGACCUCAUUGAGCACCUGUGGCAACAUCAUCCAGACCUCUACAAAUGA